UCAAUAUCAAUAUCAUUCAAAGAGCUCGAGAAGAAUGAACCAUGGUGGGAGAAGGGAAUGGAAUGUGCAGCCGAGAUCCGGCUAAAGCUUCCAAGAAUGCCGUGAUGCCUAAGAUCUGAUGAUCCCACAUGCCUUCGACCUUUAGACUCGCCAACUCGCUUCACGUAUCUCGAGUCUAGUCACGAUGAGCCACGAGGGCGCCUACUUAUACCCACUCUAUAUCUCCCUAUAGGCGACGAUGUCAGGCAUCAACAUGCCCGUUUGAAAGUCUAUUCUGAUCAUCGAUUCAUCGCUCUGUGAAAGCCAUAAUGUCUGGGUCACGACCGCUUCAUUUUGUUGAAUAUCGGACACUACUUUCUCGGCAAAGGCUGUCGUCUGUCAGGUGAGGCAUAAGACGCUACACCUGUGACUAUCGCAUCAGACGGACCUUGCCUUGUGUUUUUAUCCUGAUGUCGCGCCGAGCCUCAGCAGAGUAGGACGGUCUUGUUUGGCCGCGCCCUUGCGUGCAAACAAACACUCUUCAAUAAAAGCCCCAGUCACAGGUCCUCACAUCGCCAUGGCGAACCUCGAUAGCCCUUCCAAGCCGAGUGGAGGCCGCAAGCUCCAGAAAAGAAACCCGAACCUCAAUCGAAUGCCCUCCUCUCAUAUUCCCUCUCGCCUAAGCCUCGGUGCAGAUGCCCAAGACGAUGUGACGGCUCCUUCGCGAGGACGGAACGCACCCGCACAAUACAUGAAUCAAUCAAUUUUCUCGAUGAUCGCGGCGGCCGGAUCGCGGACAGAUUUCAAUGCCAGAUUCGACGAAUCCAGCGACAGUGAAGAAGAAAUUGAUGAAGAGAAGGCAACGCUUGUUGAGGGUGAAGCGCAGCCUGCAACAUCCAUGGAUAAGGCAACUCUAGUACAACAGGUGAUGACACGAGAUGAGCCUUCGUCUAUUGAAAAGAAGAGUAAGCAUCUUUCGGGGAAUCGACUGGUCCAGCCACUACCGCGUCCGUCAGCAAGAGCAUUGGAACCCAAAGGCAAAGAGUCAGUUGCGCGUCAGGACCCUAGUCCCGAGAGUGAUGCUACAUCGGAAUCUUCAAGAAGCAACCCAAGAGAUGCGCCUGUGCUGAGCAGACUCUUAACUGCAGAAGCCGAGUUUCAGGAAAAUGACGACGCUGCCCACUUAAUCCCGACAUCUCCUGAAGGUCAAAAAUCAAGAGGUAGAGCGGAGUCCUUACCACAGACAGUACUCGCGACGCGGCUGAUGGAGAUCUUCGGAUUCGAAAAACCUGAAAAGGUUGUGGCAGAGUACCCGUGUUGGCUGCUACAAAGCGUACUUUUACAGGGCUAUCUCUAUAUCACCACACACCACAUCUGCUUCUAUGCCUACCUGCCGAGAAAAUCGCACACGGUUGCCAAAACUGGGUAUCUAGCAAAGAAAGGUCGGACGACCUCAAAGUACAAGAGAUAUUGGUUUUCAUUGAAGGGGGAUGUGCUUUCAUACUACUCGGAUCCGUCUAACCUCUACUUUCCUUCCGGCAACAUCGAUCUAAGAUACGGCAUUUCCGCGAACUUUUCGGCAGCCAAGAGCAAACAGAAAGAGUGCAAAGAUUUCUCUUUGACCACCGAUCACCGCACAUACCAUCUUCGCGCAGACAGUGCUUCGAGUGCCAAAGAAUGGGUUCAGAUUCUACAGAAGACGAUCUUUCGAUCUCACAAUGAUGGAGAUAGUGUGAAAAUUUCUCUGCCAGUGCAGAACGUUAUCGACUUCGAGGAGAGUCCGGUUGUUGAGUUCGCUGAAACGGUCAAGUUCAGAGUGAUAGAGAGCGGAGAUUCAUAUGCCAUCGACGAGUACUUCUUCUCCUUCUUCAGUUUUGGCCAAGACGCGCUUCAGAUAUUUCGAAGUUUGCUCGCCGAAAGCGCGGGCGAGAGGGCAUCUGAAGACUUGUUGUCUCCGACGCGAAAAGAUACCACGCUGUCCAGCCCGAAGCGGAGACCAGCCGCUCGCAACCAGUCCCCUGCCGUCACACCAGGAAGCCCAAGAGCACAGUCGAGCCCACCCAUCAAGGAAAGUGUGCGGGCAACGCUCUUGCCUUUCCCUGUCGACGAGGGUGGGAGGUUUUCUCCCAAGAUGAGUGGCGAGUUCUAUCGUGGAAAUAGCCCAUCACGUUCAAGUGGCGACUUCGGUCGAGCUAGCUUCGACCGAGGACGAAGGAGUGGAAGCACCAGUCGACUUGAAGCAAACCAAUCGAGAGGUCGGGGCCAAUCGCCACUCGCCCAGCAUCAUGAUUCGGAAGAUUCAUAUGUACAGUCCAUCGACAAAGAGACCGACUCAUCCACAGCGCCAUUGUCACCUCGAGUGGAAGCACAAAUGUCUGCUAGUCAGAUCCUCACGCGAAGCGAUGUGUUCCAUCCGCCUGCUAUCCAACGUAUGGAAACACUGGCUUCCAUGUCAACCGAAGCGCAUUCCGAAGGCGGGACCAUCCUGUCCACUUCUCCACGCAAGGAGACAUACUCACCCAUCCCGAUUCGAGGGGCAGCUGACCUCCUCGCUCACUACUCGAAAGACACCGGAGCAAGAGCACAAGAAAUACCCGUGCAAGUCGAGCCUUCACCAACGUUGCAAGACCUGGUCAAAGCUGGCUCAUACCCGCUUCAACGUGCAGGGGCAUUCGCUGACUACCUCAAGAACCGGUCAAUGUCUAUGAAAAAGCUGUUGGCAACAGAGUCAAUGACAUAUUUGGAAAAGGUCUCAGGCAUGUGGGCAGGAGAUCGAAAGCACUACGGAGAAAAUGAAGGCAUUGUACCUGACGAUAGAGGUAUCGACCCCGAAGAUGAAGAAGCCAAUGUUGGUCAUGGGGACCGGUUUCGUGCCCACUUUGCUCUGCCGCCUUCUGAAAGAUUACAAGCCACAUACUUCGGCUUUCUGCACCGGGUGCUCCCCCUCUACGGCAAGAUAUAUGUCAGUAAUCGCAAGUUCUGCUUCCGAAGCUUGCUCCCGGGAACGCGGACAAAGCUAGUCCUUCCAUUGAAAGACAUUGAAAACGUCGACAAGGAGAAGGGGUUUCGAUUUGGAUACCAUGGAUUGGUACUCGUCAUCCGAGGUCACGAAGAGCUGUUUUUUGAGUUCAGCUCUAGCGAGCACCGGGAUGAUUGCACUGUGACGCUCUUGCACAGCCUCGAAAGUGUGCGAUACAUGACCGAGUCGAGCGUGUUGGCCAAGCAGGACGAAGAUGAUGCGGAGGUUGCCAAAGAAGAGCAUCGUGUGUUGCAGGAAGCUCGUCGCAGUUCGACGAGUGACCAUCAACUUGUGCUACCAGAUACAGCUGAAGCAAUCUACAGCCAUGAAGAAAGCCGACCGGUGCUGUUCGACGACCCGCGCGCGUCCAUCAUCAACUUCAAGCCCACUUCAUCAUUGAGGAUAACAUGUCUCACCAUCGGCUCUAGAGGAGAUGUGCAACCAUACAUUGCCUUGUGCAAAGGGCUAUUGGCCGAGGGACACAAACCCAGGAUAGCCACACACGCCGAAUUCGGACCCUGGGUGCAGAAGCACGGCAUUGAUUUUGCCCCUGUCGAGGGUGACCCGGCAGAGUUGAUGAGGAUCUGUGUGGAAAAUGGCAUGUUCACCUACUCUUUUCUACGAGAAGCCUCGGCAAAGUUCCGCAGUUGGAUUGACGAAUUGCUCACUUCGGCAUGGCAGGCAUGUCAGGAUACGGAUCUCUUGAUCGAGUCGCCCAGUGCAAUGGCUGGGAUACACAUUGCUGAGGCGCUGAAGAUACCUUAUUUUCGAGCCUUCACCAUGCCCUGGACCCGGACUCGGGCGUAUCCACAUGCGUUUGCCGUGCCCGAGCACAAGAUUGGAGGGGCUUACAACUACUACUCCUAUGUCAUGUUUGACAAUGUAUUUUGGAAAGCCAUUUCCGGACAGGUCAACCGUUGGCGCAAAAAGGAGUUGGGACUGCGCAGUACCAACAUGGACAAGAUGCAACCCAACAAGGUGCCAUUCCUGUACAACUUCUCGCCUCAUGUGGUUGUACCGCCCUUGGAUUACAGUGAUUGGGUGCGGGUUACAGGAUACUGGUUCCUCGAUGAGGCGCAGGACUGGUCCCCGCCCGCUGACCUUCAGGGAUUUAUCGACAAGGCCCGAAAAGACGGCAAAAAGCUCGUCUACAUUGGCUUUGGCUCGAUUGUGGUAUCCGACCCGGCGGCACUGACUAAGACGGUGGUAGAGUCGGUGCUCAAGGCCGACGUGAGAUGCAUCUUGUCGAAAGGAUGGAGUGACCGGCUUGGGGAUCCUGCGGCAGUCAAGACAGAAGUCCCCUUGCCGGCGGACAUUUUUCAGAUCAAAUCUGCCCCGCACGACUGGUUAUUCCGGCAGAUUGACGCUGCCGUUCAUCACGGAGGCGCGGGCACGACUGGAGCAAGCCUCCGUGCUGGAGUGCCGACCGUUAUCAAGCCAUUCUUUGGCGAUCAAUUCUUCUUCGGAUCCCGGGUGGAAGACUUGGGUGUGGGCAUUUGUCUCAAGAAGGUCAAUGUCAGCUUGUUCUCACGCGCUCUAUGGGAAGCGACCCACUCACAGCGGAUGAUCGUGAAGGCGCGGCUACUCGGAGAACAGAUCCGACAGGAGACUGGGGUGCAGACGGCCAUUCAAGCGAUUUACCGAGAUCUCGAUUAUGCCAAAUCGCUGGUCAAAGCAAGAGCGGCCCUCGCAGGUGAUACAGCCGGUGCGGAUGUCGCCCUCGAUGAAGUCGACAUUGAAGAAAGCUGGACUUUUAUUGGCGACGAGAGCGACCCAGAUUUGCGAAAGCAAAUACAAGGUUGGGAGUCACCUGUCCGGGGACGAGGACCUCGAGUGAAGAUGGAUCCAGCUGGCCUGCGUAGUAUGCAGGGUGUCGAGCCGGUCAGAAAGAGCAGCAUGAAACGAUGAGUUGGUAGCGACGGUUGCUAGUGAUUGACACACGCAUGUAACCACUCUGAGAGCACAAGGUUGGAGUUAGAUGCUACGAAUGCUCGAGCCGGCGGCACGUGGUCUCGACCCAGAAUGGAGGCCGUGGAGGCGUAUUUCCGGAUCAAGGAGAGAUGCAAGUAAUGGGCAUUUGAGGAGUGAUGGGCUUUCGACGGGGAUGAGUAUUUGAGGGAGGUCACAACGACAAGUUCACGAGGAUUUUCCAAGCGAGCAUACGAUGAUCAGGAUUGACGACGUCACGUAAGAUGAGGGAAGACGAUAUGUAAGUUGGUCACUACUAGACUGAGAAGACAUGAUAGAUUAACACCACCACUCAUAUCCCCAACAUCAAUUUGGAUUGGAGGAAGGUCGUCGUGGCUGGCCAAGACAGUCCGAGGUAGUACUACGUACGAAACCUAUACCCGGCACGAGCCAGUUUUGCCUAGAUGCCUAGUCAUGCGUGGUCAUGCAAGCAGCGGCAGUUGCAGCUGCUUGCAAACGGUAGUGGGCGGGAAGGGCCUCGAAAAGGAAAAGGCCUAUGUCGUAGAGACGUGGGAACAUGAUGAUUACGGUGAUAAGUGUCAUCGUAGAUGAUGUUAAUAGGUUGGCCAGCAUAUCAGAGCAGGCAAGCAGCUAUCACAUUAACAAAGACGACCAGGGCCUGUGGCGGGUGUGGCGCGGAAAUCAUAUACUGGC